AUGUCGGAAGGAGAGGACAAUAACGAGGACCCUCAUGGCGACGACCAUGAAAGCAACAGAAGAGUCAAGGUGAUCAUUGUUGGAGCUGGUGCUGCGGGGUUGACUUGUGUGGCGAAAUUACUGGAGUCCAAAGUGGUCUCCCACCAAGAUAUUCUCAUUCUCGAAGCUCGCGAUCGAAUUGGCGGAAGAAUCCAUACCACCCAAGAAGCCAUUCUUCCAAUUGACCAGGAGGGAAGCAAUCCCGUGACGGUGUUUCGGGAUCAUGGGGCUGCUUGGGUGCAUGGAACUGGCUACGAGUGGUCUGCUACCAGUACAGACUCCAACAACAACAACGAGAAGCCACUCGAUGCCACUGCUGCUGUCCAUGACGAUAAUGAAUUCCCCAUCAAUCCAAUGAUCCAGUUGCUUACAAACAAUUCAAAGGAAGGCCUAGAACCAGUCUUUGAACGGGGCAAUCCGUGGACACGGCCAGGCCAUGUCUUGUUGGGCCUUUCAGAAAAGGAUGAGACUACGGUGGCUGCCCACAACAAGCCCAAUCUUGUCCUCUUUGUCAAUGGCAGGCAAAUUGGAGGAACCCAAAAGGAUGUUGGUGAAAAUAAGCCUGAUACGACAAUCUUUAGAGCAGCACUCCAGCGGCAUGCCAAAAUCAUGCAACAGGUUGGACAAAUUGGCUACCAACUGAUAUCCAGUGGACAGACCCUGAAAACUGUCGAGCAAAGCUUCCAACAAGCGGUAGAUGAAGUGAUGGCGCAACAACAAGAACAAUCAAAUCCCACAAUCGAGCUUGUGGCAGGAUUUUAUCGAUAUCUCAUUACCUGUUGGCAUGGGACGAGUGCUUCGGGUCUUCAGCUCCAUGAAUUUGCAGAGUGGGAAAAUGAUGAUUUGGAGGAGGACAACAACAAUCAUCAGUUGGACGAUGCCGAAUACCAAGAUGAGGGUGACUUUUACGGCCCUCAUUGCACCGUCAAACGUGGGAUGCAAACACUCUUGGAUCCCUUAUUGCAGACAGUCUCAUCUUCCUGCAUUCGGCUCGGCCAACCCGUCACUCGCAUCGAGAAACAACAAUCAUCAGAUUCUGAUGAACACGUAAUUGUGGAAACGGAAUCCGGAAUGACAAUCGCUGCAGAUUACUGUGUUGUGACAGUACCCCUCGGGUGUCUGGCACACAGUAUUGACAAUCAUAAUGAUGACAACAACGACAACAACAGAGGGGCCAUCGCGUUCACACCGAACCUAUCCCAAGAAAAGCUGGAUGCCAUUCGGCACUUGCAAAUGGGAUCCUACAAGAAAGUCUUUCUACAGUUUGACCGCAUCUUUUGGCCAAAACAAGAGCCAUUUCUGGGAUUGGUUCGCAAUGCUAGUUCCUCUGACGCACAGAAGGAUGACUUGGGUCCCUAUCUGCUGUUGGAUAAUCUCUGGGCUCGCAACAAUUUGCCAUGCAUCGAAGCGGUCCUCAUUGGCGAUGCCGGGAUAUGGGCCACGGGCAAAUCAGACGACACCAUUCGCACUGCCGUGUUGGCCUUUGCGGCCAAUGCCAUGGGCUUGGAUUCUACCGUGCUGCACAAGUGGUGCGUCGAGUGUCAUGUCACUCGAUGGGAAGAAGAUCCGUAUUCACGAGGUGCGUACAGUGGGUAUCGAUUGGGCACUCUGGAAGAACACACGCAAGCCUUGGCUACGACCGAGUGGGAGGGACGGUUGUUCUUUGGUGGAGAAGCCACGCAAUCUGGUUGCGAGGGUAGUGUCCAUGCUGCCUUGAAUAGCGGUGAAAGCUUGGCAAAAGAUCUACAAAAUGUCAUCACAGAAAAAUCCCAGCGCUAA